UUUUUUCUCAAAAUUAUUUUCUGUUUAACUUUUGAAAUUUUGAUGGACUAUGUGCGUGAACAUGUAUACUCACUGAAAAGCAUGCUGGACGUGUGCCUAACUCAGGACCCCGGAUUUUCCUCCCUCGAGGAUUUGGCGCUCGCCAACGGAAAUGGGCAACUUUGCGCGCAUCUUUUGGGUCGAAAUGUCGAAUUAAUUCGUCAAAUCUCUCGUUCACUCAUUUGGUUUACUUAUCGCCGUAAUUGGCCUUCACCAAUAGGUGGCUCUGGAGGCCCAACUACUGAUAUUGGUUGGGGUUGUAUGAUUCGUUGUGGGCAAAUGCUUUUUGCACAAACUCUCUUAGCUCUUCAUUUAGGCAAAGAUUGGCAGCUUUUAUUACAUCAACAAAAUGUUGAAGCUUUGGAUAUUUACAGACGUAUUUUGCGUCUCUUUCAAGAUAAACGGACAGCUUUGUAUUCAAUUCAUCAAAUUGCACACAUGGGCAUUUCCGAAGGUAAACAAAUUGGUGAAUGGUUGGGACCUAAUACAAUGAGCCAAGUUUUAAAGAAAUUGGUUGUUUUUGACAAUUGGUCCCAGAUUGUGGUUCAUGUAGCAUUAAAUAAUGUUUUAAUUUCCUCUGAUGUUCGAAUUGUAGCAGCACAAAAGACUUGUAAUAAAUUAAAUAAUAGCCAAAAUGAUAGCAUCCAAGAAGAUAAUUUUGACCAAAUGGAGGAUGAAGAAAUGGAGGAGGAUGAAGAGAAUAAUAAUAAUUGGAAGAGACCUCUUUUAUUGAUGAUACCUUUACGGUUAGGGCUUGAUUCAAUUAAUUCUUGCUAUUCAACUGCAAUUUUUGAAUGUUUUAAAUUGCCACAAUUUGUUGGAAUUUUGGGCGGUAGACCUAGACAUGCUGUUUAUUUUUAUGGAACUGUUGGUGGUAGGUUACUUUAUUUGGAUCCACAUUUUUGUCAAGAUUUUCAAGAUUUGGAUAUUUCUUCACAGCAAUCAACAAGUUACUCUCAACCUUCUGAAGAACCAGUAAUUGUUUCUUCGCCAGAUGAAUUAAUGGUAAUAUCUGACAACGGAGAAAAAGAAAUAAACCAUAGAAGAUCAUCAUUAAAUAUUCAAAACCAACAAAGACCAUCACUUUUUGAAUUGUCUUCUUCAGCUGGGCCUUCUUCUGAGUAUGUAAAUCUUCGUUCAGCAUCUUCUUCAUUAGUUGCUGUAGCUACAUCUUCAGUUUCCUCAUCUCCUUCACGGCAUGAUAAAAACGAAAAUAAUACCGGCGGUGUCACUUCAAACAAUUUACUUGCCUCAUCUUCUCCCUCUUUCCGCGGAUGUUCUUCCUUAAACUGUUCUCCACAUUUAAGUAGUGUUUGUAGUAGUUCAUCUAUUGAUGACCAAAAUAAUAAACAACAAAAUAUUGACACAAAUAUUUCAUUUCCAACUUCUUGUAUUUCUACUAAACAUUCAUCUCCACAUCAAUCAACAUCCUCAUCUCGAAAUGAAGGUAUUUUAAGACGUAUUCGUUCUGAAGUAUCAACAGUUCCAGCAGUUGUCGAUUCAAUUCUUGAUCGUUUUAUUUCGAUAUUUGCUGACAAAAAUGAACAAAAAACUAAUUUUUAUGAUGAAGAAGUAAUUCAAAUUGAAAAAGACGAUGUUGGACAUUCAACAAAUCAAAAUAUAAAUAAUAAUACAAUAUUGCCAGACGGGGUUAAUAACUUUGAUGAUUCUUCUUUUCACUGCCCUCAUCUUCUCUCAAUGGAUUUUAAAUCCUUAGAUCCAUCUCUCGCACUUGGUUUUUUAGUUAGGGAUUCUUCUGAUUAUGAAAAUUUAAUUGAAAGACUUGAGGUUUCUUGGAAUUAAAAAAUAUUUUUAAAAAUAUUUUAGUGCUCUUUAUUACCAAAAUCAUCUCCACCUCUUUUUGAAGUUCUUGAAACACGUCCAAAAGGAUGGCCGCCAUUUUCUCUCGAACCUUCUUACCAAAAUGAAUCAUUA